AUGGCCUUGAAGUUCCUCAGUGGGCACAGCACUGGUGGUAGCAGUUCCGGCGUCAAGCAUUUUGACAUCAGACUUGACAACGACUAUAUCGUCUUUCGAGGUGCCGAGGACGAGGCUGCCAGCGCACAGCUUGCUGGCUCGCUGGUGCUGUGUUUGACCGAACCUCUGAACAUUUCCCAUGUACAACUAACCCUCAGCGGCAUUAUACACAUGUCAUGGCAAGCCACCUCCGCAUCGUCCAUGUCCGGCCGGAAGAGUGCAUAUCGAGAGAAGACCUUUUUCGAAAAAUCAUGGCCGUUCAAAGUAAGCGGGAAAGAGAAAAGUCAAAUGUUGCUCCCAGACAACUAUGAGUGGCCUUUUGACUGUAUCUUGGAAGGAAGUCUUCCGGAGAGUGUCGAGGGCCUCAAAGACGCAUGGAUCAUAUAUCGCCUCAAGGCCGAGAUUGGCCGAAGACGAGGCAAGGACAUCGUGGUGAGGAAACCACUCAGGCUCGUGAGGACGCUCGAUCCCAGUGCUCUCGAGCUUGCUCAUGCUAUGAGCGUUGAAAACAUAUGGCCCAACAAGAUCGAGUACUCAAUCAGCGUACCGAGCAAGGCCAUAAUAUUCGGCUCGUUCUUGCGUGUCGACUUUAAACUCAUCCCACUUCUCAAAGGCCUCGUCAUUGGCAACAUCUCGACCCAAGUCCGUGAGGAGCAGGAAUUCGUUGUUGACCCUGAAUGGAAUGUGUCGGCAUUGUCAGGAGGGAUGUCGAAACACGACCGUGUCAUUGCGACCGACAAUUACACGAUCGAUUCGACAAGGGAUGAGCAGAUCAUUGACGAGGCCGCUGAGGGGUAUCAGUUUUCGCGAUUCGUGGAAUUGCCCAAAUCGUUGCACCAGUGUCUGCAGGACUGCAAUGUCAAGGGCAUCAAAAUCCGGCACAAGGUCAAGUUCAACGUGCAGUUGCACAAUCCUGAUGGACACAUAUCGGAACUCCGUGCCAACCUGCCGGUUUCUUUUUACAUUUCUCCCAACCUCCCAAUCAACGAGCACAACGACUUGGUGGACCAAACACCGCAAGCCAGCCGUGCAGCGGUGGAGAAUGACAUGAAUCAUUCGGCACCCCCACUAUACGGUCAACAUACACUGGACAAGCUGUACUCGGAGGUGGACCCGAGUGGUUAUCUUACUCCUGGGCUGGCUCUGUCGACACCAGGAACUCCGUAUCUGCACAGUCGUCAGCCUUCGCUCGAGAACCUGCGGUCACUGGAUGCUAUCACUAGCGGUUCAACUGGUGCAACCACGCCCAAUGGUGGAUCAGUGAACCCGGCUGCUCUGCAAGACCGCCUGCGUAACCUGCACGUUUCGGGACCGUCGAACCUUGACCGAGAGCCAGCGCACAGUCAUGAUGCAUCUCGACGCAAUUCCGAUCCUAACAACGACAGCUACUUUGGCUCGCAGUAUGCGUCAGGGGACAACACACAGAACAGUAGUGGUGUACUCUCGCGACGUGAGUCGGAGGAAGACGAUGGAUUCCAAUCUGGAGCUCGGACUCCAUUCCCGCAGUACGCGCACAUGGAGGACCUGGCAAGAGUACCAUCGUAUAGCACGGCGGUCAAAGCACCUGCACCCCAGUCAAUAGGGGCCGACCUCCCCACGUACGGGGCCGUGUGCACCAGGCCUGGGCCGCCAGCACUCUCGGCCCCACCCAGCGCGUAUCUGAGAGAUUCGAGAGCUGCGGGUAGCCUGAACGGGACACUAACUGGGCAGUCACCACCACUAAAUCGAAAUUUGAGUACACUGCAGGACGACGAACGCCGAUUCAGGCUAAUGCAGAUGAGAGGUCGGUGA